UGGGCUGUUGUCUUCAUCAAGCCCUUUUCUCUCUAUUCUCUUGUUCAUUCCUCUACUCUAGAUUCUGUGUUCCAUCACUGGUUUGAGUUGAAGUGGUCAACUGAUAAUUACUAUAGGGUCGAGGACAAAAUUUUGAAAGUUGGAGAAGAGCUGUGGAGAGAAACUCUACCAUUACGAGGUGGCUCCUGCUUUUAUCAAUUACAAGGUCUAAAGCCUCAUAUGUGGUAUGAAGUGAAGAUAUCAUAUCCGGCAUCUAUACCUGCUAGCUUUUCCUUACAAUUGAAGAGAGACAAAUCAGACGUGGUGCGGAACAAUAACAGGAGAUUGCUCAACACUGAAAAGCUAAUUUUUAAGACCGAUAGCAAUCAGGAUGAAGCUCAUUUAGUAUUAGUAGCUGUGGAGCCAGAGGGGUUUCCUGCAAAACAGAAUGUACCAGAGAGGCAAUUCAUUAUUUUUAAUAUAGUGUGUGAUGAACUACUGUUAGGCAUACCCUACAAAGCUUGGUGGGUAGUGGCACUAGCAAUUCUGUGUCUCGGAAUUGCAUUUGUUGUUCCUUCCUUUCUACCAUUGUAUUUGCUACCAAAGAAUCAAGUGCUACAACCAGAUCGUGUUUCAAAAACUUCUUGACAAGCUUCUCUGGAAGAUAUUGUACAUUGUCUAUCCAAAUGCUGAGGCACACUACAUGUCAUUGAAAAUAGAAUUUUGGAAUUCACCUUCUGAUAACUUACUUUUCAAGUUUUCUAUCUUGUUCCAUCAGUUAUAAUGUAACAGAACUACUAGUCUAUUUUUGUUUAUGAUAAUUGCAACUUUAUGCUGUUACUUUAACAAUAAUGAAAGGACAAGAGUUUUGAUGUGUUCA